AUGACAGCCAUCUUAACGAUACCACCACAUACUUACGAGUUUUCAGUUAUUUUCACCAUUGCGGCUAGUUCUGUUACAAAAAUAUACUUAGGCAAAGAAAAUCAUGUGACUAGAGAGCUAAAGUUCCGUAUGCAUGAAUGUAAUCUUUUACUAGCCACCCCCACUUUGGAAGAAGGGAUAGACUUACCCCGAUGCAACCUUGUACUGCGCUGGGACGUUCCUCCUUCGUAUCGUUCGCACGCGCUGUGCCGAGGCAGGGCUAGGGCUCCGAGGUCGUCUCUAGCACUACUAGCGGAGGCCCCACAACACAGUGAGAUGUUGUUGCACCAUCUCGCUAUAUAUAAAGAACUUGAUGAAAUAGUGACAAGGAAAUGCGGUUGCGGUAUACAAGAUGAACCUACCAGUGAAGAAGAAAGUUAUGCUGAUGAUUUAACAGCUAUUGUAAAAGCUUAUACUCCAAUGGAAAAUAAAAUGACACAAAUGAACACAGAAACAGUGAUAACACUAAAGAAUAAGAACGACGAAGGAAAUAAAGAAAAAAGACAAUCUAUUGAAGAUAAAAAGGAGAAUCUAGAAGAAUCUAGAAAUGAAAGAAGUAAUAAUACAGAUAGUGAUAAAGAUAUUGCAAAGAAUGAAAUUGAACUAGAUAGAAAUGAAACAGAAAGUGAUAGAAAUAAUGAAAUUAAUAUGAAAGAAGUUAGUACUAAAGAAGUAAAACAGAAUUUUGGAAAUAAAAUUAGUGUUAAUAGUAAUAAUGAUAAAAGUGAUAGUGAUUAUAAAAAUAUUGUAGUGGAUAGUGAAGUGAAUGAAAGAACAAUUAAAAAAAGUGACUCUGAUAGUAUAGCUAGUGUGGAUUUGAGUACAGCAAUAGCACUUAUUAACAGAUAUUGUGGUAAGUUACCAUCAGAUACAUUCACUCGUCUCGCCCCACAAUGGUGGAUGGAGGAGGUAUCACUGCCAGAUAGUGAGGGAAAUAUGAAGAAAGCAUAUAUCUGCACUCUUCGGUUACCUCUCAACUGUCCUGUCAAGUAUAAUAUUGUGGGUCAUCCGAUGCCAACGAGAGUGUUAGCCAGAAGAAUGGUGGCAUUACAAGCUUGUAGGAUAUUACACAAGAGCGGAGAACUUGAUAAUCAAUUGAUGCCUAUCGGUAAAGAAAACUUCAAGGCUGUAGAACUUGAAGGUACAGGGAACGGCAAUGGUAAUGGAAUAGAACCUAUAGACCCCAAUGACUCAGCGCGACCUGGCACUACGAAACGACGUCAGUAUUAUUAUAAACGGACAGCGUGCGCCUUCACAGAUUGUCAACCUGUUGUUGAUGCAACAGAUGAGGAAAUUGAAUCUGGUGAAUAUGACGCAUCCAAGAGACAUUUUAAACCGGGUGAAAAAAGAAACACCCUGUACGCUAUAGACUCUCGGCUGUGGUGUGCAUUACCGGAGCGCUACAACACGCGCGGGAGACGUCUGCACGCGCCGCAACACGCGAGACAAGCUAUAGGCAUACUGAUGGCAAGACAUAGAGCUGACAAGUUACAAAUUCCAGCAUUCCCUGUGUACACCAGAUCUGGUGAAGUUCGUGUAUCUGUGGAAUUGGCUGAAGAUGCCGACGUGAGAUUGUCACCGAGAAGAGCUCGUCUAGUUAGAAGAUUCAUGCGUUUCGUAUUUUCCGAUGUACUGAGGGUCCGAAGACGUGGUAUGAAAUUACAAAGUGAAGGAUCUACGCAUAAUAAUUAUUAUAUUGUGCCUACGAUUAAAACUUUAAAUGAAGAUGGAACCUCAAAAGUAGGCAUAGAUUGGUCAUUCCUAGAACUAAUAUUUAAACAUACGGAAGAAAAGAGAAAUCUAGAAGUGGAAAAACCAAUUUUCUUCCAACAAGAAGAAGAUGAAGUGAUUGAAGAGAAGAAAGUUGAAAAUAACGGGAAAGGUAAAGACGAACAAAUAAAGAAGAUGGAUAAUCCUCUGCUAAAAGAAGGGGAAACAUUUACUUUUGAUCCAGAGAAAUAUAAAGAAGCUGUUGUUACACCUUGGUAUAUAAAACAAUUGCCUAGUUCUUAGAUUAAUUAACGAUCAAUUAAUUAAAUGUGGCCGUAAUUAGACUUAAGGUUUUUUUUAAUUUGAUUAAAAAAAAACUAGUGUUACGAACGUACAAAGUCACGUGAAACCCUUUACUCAACACUAGAUGGCGUUA